AUGGAUCCAAACUCCAUCUUGCUUUCUUCUCCAUCCCAGGCCUUCUCCUGUCUGGCAGAACCCCACAUGGAAGGUGGGAAGAGCCAAAUCUCUCAGGAAGUGACCAGAGACCCCCCGUUUUCCUGGAGCCAGGCCCCCAGCUCCAGCCUCGCUGACCUUGACUGGUUUUGGGAUGAGCACAUCCAGGCAAAGAGGGCCAGAGUAGAGACUGUUGUCCAAGGCAUGUGCCCAUCCCCCAGCACUCUGGUGCCAGGCAGUGCCCGAACCUGGGACAGCCCACGCUACCAGGAGAAGGCCCGGGAGCGGAAGAGGAAGCAGAGCCUUCCUGUUCAGCAAGACCUCCCAAAGCCAGGCCCUGCCAGGGACCAAGGCAACAGAAAAGGGUUGGGGGCCCUCUGUGUGAGGGAACAGUUUCACCUCCUGCAGCAGCAGCUAAGACACCUCCAAGAGCAUGUUCUGCAGGUUGCCGAGCCCAAGGACCCAGCUCAGUGCCCAGGAGGCUCUGAGAAGGGGAAGGGCCCUCUGAGAGUAAGGCAGAGGAAUGGUCGUGGGCCUAGCCCCUGGGUUCUGGACAGUGACCACCACCAGGGCUCCAGCAGGGACCUCUCUGGGGUGGAAAAACACAGCAUGUCUGAGAUUGAGCACCAGUCUGAGAAACCCAGGUUCCUUCCUCUGGGAGCAGAGACUUUGCUGGAGAUUCUGCGGGAAGAACUGACCACGGCAGUGUCCCAGGCCGUGGACUCAGUGCUACAGAGGGUUCUAUUGGAUCCACCAGACCACCUGGCCCAGCCCAGUAGAAGCUUCCGUGGGCUAGUGCCAGAGGGUGGGAGCGAGCCCUCCUCCACUGGGGGAGGUGCCUGCAAAGAUCCACCUCCUCUGGCCACCUUGCUGAGGAGGGCCCAGUCACAGGCUGGAGUUCCAUUGGGGAAAUUAUCACUGGCCAAACCCCUAGAUUCUCCCAGGUACCCUGACUCUCCAAGAAUGAUCCCCAAACCUUACCAGGCCCCCCCAGCAAACUGUCCCUUGACUGUGCCCUCCCACAUCCAGGAAAACCAGAUUCUGAGCCAGCUCUUGGGCCAUGCAUCCAACGGCUACUGGAGCAACAAUCCGCCCCAGGACUCCCCCUCCCAAAGUCACUCCUUGUCAGAGUCCGCCCUGCGACCCUGGCGGGCUGUCAGACUGCGACCAUCAGCUCUGAGCCAGCAGCGACGCCCCCUGCCCUUCACCUCGGCCCGUCUGGAGCAUCUGCCUCCCUCAGUGAAGGUGGAGCAGAGUGGCCUGCAGGCUGUCCCCGGUGGACUGCCCUUCUCAUCGGUCCACAUCCAGGAGGGUCUGAAUCCUGGUCACCUGAAGAAGGCCAAACUAAUGUUUUUCUUCACACGCUACCCCAGCUCCAACCUCCUGAAGGCCUAUUUCCCUGAUGUUCAGUUCAACCGCUGCAUCACCUCCCAGAUGAUCAAGUGGUUCAGCAACUUCCGUGAGUUUUAUUACAUCCAAAUGGAGAAAUCUGCUCGGCAAGCAAUUUCUGAAGGUGUCACAAAUCCCAAAAUGCUGGUGGUUCUCCGUGAUUCGGAACUUUUCCGAGCUCUCAACAUGCACUAUAACAAGGGAAACGACUUUCAGGUCCCAGACUGCUUCUUGGAAAUCGCCAGCUUGACGUUGCAGGAGUUCUUCAGAGCUGUCUCCGCAGGGAAAGACUCAGAUCCUUCCUGGAAGAAACCCAUUUAUAAAAUUAUUUCGAAACUGGACAGUGACAUUCCAGAGAUACUCAAAUCUUCAGGCUAUCCCCAACAGUUGUUUCGGAGCUAA